UUUUUUUUACAAUUUAUUACUUUUAUAUGUUUUCAUUUGCAUAAAAAAAUUAUACAUAUGUUCAUUUUUAGAGAUUUUUUUUUCCCGAUACAACCCAAAAAAAUUAAUGGACAGUAUAUUUAUAUAUAUAGAUCCACCUAGUAUACUAAAUUCAGUAAAUUUACAUAACCUAUUUUGUUUAGAUCACGUCUAUACUUUAAGUAAUGGCAUCUCCAUGGGCUCCUAUACCACCAGCAGAAACAUUAAGUUUCAAUGAAAUAACUGCCGAGCAGGUUUUUAAUAAGAAGCUGGAAAAUGAAUUCUUGACUUAUGAUGAUGUAAAGGUUACGGAGAAUCAUGCAAUUUAUGAUGUUGAUGUUGAUGACAUUGAAGAUGACAAUACAAACAGUGAUCGGGUAAUUGCACAAUUACUGCAAAAUCAGUUUAAUGAUGAGUAUGAUUUGAUGCUGAAGCGAACGGAAGAUAAAAUGAAUGGAACAUCUAAAGUUGGAAUAUCGUUUGCUAAUUUCCGCGCGAGUUCAAAUUGUCCUGAUAUAAUUAACACUGUGAUUGAUGAAGACCGUGAUUUAGAUCACUUUGUUAGUAUUGAAAAGGAAUACGCAUCAAUACCACGCUGUGGAUACAAGAAAACUAAUACAGGUUCAGAAAUAGUCACGAAACAUGACAUAUUAAUGUCAUCAAGAAUUAACGCCUGCCGUGUACUGGAAUUUCCACCAGGAAUAUCAACUGGAGACACUGGUGGCUUUGAUGUAAAAUUGAAUAAUAAUGUGUUCAAUUCAUUGCGAAAUCACAGCCAUGCACACUGCGCUCGCGAAAAAGCUAAAGUCCGACCACACAAACAAAACUAACUUCUAAUAAUUCCAAUAUAUAUAAAGAGAAUAUAAAGCUUAAUGUAACGAACCAUAUAAAUAAAUAUAUAUGUGUAUAUAUAUAUUACAUCAUAUAAAUCAAUGAAAUAUAUCAAUAACUAUAAAUUAUAGAAAAAGAAUACAUUUAUUGUUUCUUUUAAAUUGCGAGCAGCUACAUUGCGAUACAUUAAAACAUGAUCAGAAAAUCUUCAAAAAAAGACGAAACUGAUUAAUAAUUUACUUAAUGUGUAUCCUUGGUAAUUUUAAGUAGUACUCUAGCAUUUUUCUCAAUUUUUGUAUGAUCUUGAAGUUAACAGGCAAUUAACAAUUUU